AAUCUAAUAUGGCGCCUGUCAUCCAACCACAUCCAACAGUUGACGUACUUUAGAUAAUAUAUAUAUAGGUAUAUAUUAAAAAAAGAGUUAUCAAUUAUAAUUAUUAAUAUUUUUAAAAAUGACAUAAAAAAUAUCUUGAUUAAAAUGAUCAUCGUAUAAUAACCUCUAAACUUGAUUAACAAUAAGAGUAAAAAAAAAAAGUGUUUUUAAGAUAAAAAAAAUUAUAUUAUUAAUCAAUCUACAAAGUGUCUUUAAAAAAAAAAUAAUCAAUUAAAUCUUCCACAAUUAAAUAAAUACAGUAAAUAAAACUGUUAUAAAAAUAAAAAAUGGAUAAUAAUAAGUUGGAAAGUGGUGAUAAAAUAUUGAUAAAUGAUAAAUCUGAUACAUCAUUAAUUCCUGACAUGACAACACUUGUAAUUAAUUCAAGACUUUGUCCAGAUAAUGAAAAUGAUCAUUUAAAUGAUUCAAAAAUAGGCAAUGGUUUGCACCAGGUCAAUGGAGUAUGUGAUUUAUCUAGAAAAUUAUCAGAUAAUAAAGAAUUAGUGUCACAAAAUUUGGAGUGUAUGACUAACCAUUUAAACAAUUUAGAAGCAUCAUGUACAGCACCAAGGAAUAUUCAUAUAAAUUAUGUUAGCUAUACAAGUGAAUUACAAAUGCCAGAUAUUAUGAAAUUGAUACAAAAAGAUUUGAGUGAACCAUAUUCAAUUUACACAUACAGAUAUUUUAUUCACAAUUGGCCAAAGCUAUGCUUUUUGGCAAUGCAUGAUAAUAAAUGUGUUGGUGCAAUUGUUUGUAAAUUAGAUUUACAUAGAAAAAUAAUAAAACGUGGUUAUAUUGCAAUGCUUGCUGUUGAUUUUAAUUAUCGUAAACUUGGAAUUGGAUCAAAUCUUGUUAGACGAGCAAUAACAGCAAUGAUUGAUGAUGAUGCUGAUGAAGUUGUACUUGAAACUGAAAUAACAAAUCGUCCAGCAUUAACAUUAUAUGAAAAUCUUGGUUUUGUACGUGAUAAAAGAUUAUUUCGUUAUUAUCUUAAUGGUGUUGAUGCAUUGAGAUUGAAACUUUGGCUCAGAUGAAAUUCAUUUAAUUGCUCUUGUCAAUAGAUAAUAACAAAUAAACUAUUUAAAUAGUUACAAAGUUUUAAUGUUUUAAAUACUUCCAUUGGUUUAUUUUAUUGUGAAAGUUUUUUUUUUUUUUUAAACUUAAUUUUCAUAAUAUUUUAAAAUUAUGUUCAACAAAUAAUUUACAGUUUGUGUGAAAAUUAUUAUUUUUUUUUUUUAUGUUAAAUAGUGAAAGAAAAAGUUGAUAAUUAAAUGUGAAAAAAAAAAUGUAGAUAAAUAAGAUUUAAAAAAUUACAAAAAAAAAAUUAAAAAUAUUCUCAAAAGUGUGAAGAAGAAAAAAAGUGAGAUAAUAAAAUUUUUCUUGCGAUGAAUUAUUAUUUAAUAAAUGAAAAAAAAAAAAAAAAAAAAGUAAAUAAAUAAAUAAUCCCUUCUGGGAACAAGUGUACGACAUAGCAUAAAUGAUUAGAAAAAAAAUCAUUAGAAUGGCACAAAAUGGAACAUCAAAAACUUUCUCUUCAUCAACAAAACCAACAUAUGAG